AUGGAGGAAAGUGACUACGAAAGCUUUUUGGUGGAUGACGAAGGGCAAGAGUUAAAGUAUCCGCCACUUGAAUUAUUUCCACCGGAUCAGGAGAUCAUAUGUCAGUAUUUGGGAGACAUUUCGCCUUUUCCUCGAUAUCUUCGAAGAGGAAUAGCACCGCUUGAGGAUGCAGAUACAUUUACAGGUAUAGUUGCCUCUCUUCUGUUUCUCGGUCAUCCUCCCCUACAACUCCCCCUCCGUGGACUUCUGAAAGAUACUUUCUCUUCAGAUCCUCAUGAGAAUUUCUACGAAGGCGCAGUGGAAGUAUAUGAACCCGAAUUAGAUAGACUUCUGAGAAUUUGUAUUCCGACUAUAUUACGGAAAAGACCUCCCUCGGAACAUGAAGCAGAUUUAGAUCUUCGUGCUUCCAAUCCUGCGUCCAAUAAAUCCUAUGCCGUUGCGAAUUUCUUAGAACUGGAACCAGAUUUAGAUUUGCCUGCCUCUAUCUCAUUGUCCAAAAGACUCUUUUUUGCCGGACAGGAUUUCCUGAAUUUCAACGAGCCUGAAGAACCAUGA